UCCAGAGAACAUGGCGGCGCCCACAGAGAACAACAUUCGUUUUUCGUUUAUUGCAUAAAUCUUCACAAAUUACAGAUGAUGACAAUCUAAGAGCAACAAACCGUCUUUAUUUGUGCAGCUGACAUCUCUUUGGAUAUCAUUUUGAAACCUAGAAAGUUUGGGGAUUGUGCCAGUGUCAGCUGUAGUCGAAGGUAGGCUGCGAAUUGAAGGAUAAAUGGAAGAUUAAGCUAAUCAUCUGAUCAUCACUCUGUCACCAUGCCUUGGGGACAAGUUGUCAUUGGGCCUCCAGGGUCGGGCAAAACAACAUACUGUACUGGCAUGUCCGAAUUUCUAACUGGUCUAGGCAGAGAGGUUGCCGUGGUGAAUCUAGAUCCAGCCAAUGACACACUGCCUUACAAAUGUGCUGUGGACAUCUCUGAUCUGAUUACACUGAGUGAUGUCAUGGACAACUUGAAACUCGGACCUAAUGGAGGACUGAUUUACUGCAUGGAAUAUCUGGAAAAGAAUUUAGACUGGUUGAAAGAACAACUUGAGAAGGUCAAGGUCAAUUACAUAUUGUUUGACUUCCCUGGUCAGGUUGAACUGUACACGCAUCACAACUCUGUCCGCAAUGUGUUGGCAGAGCUACAGAAGUGUGGCUACAACCUGGUGGCUGUGCAUCUGGUUGACUCCCACUACUGCAACGAUGCAGGCAAGUUUGUGUCGGUGUUGCUCACAUCGCUGUCAACCAUGCUGCAGAUGGAGUUGCCUCAUGUCAAUGUGUUGUCAAAGGCAGACUUGAUAGAGAGGUAUGGGAAGUUGGCAUUCAACCUUGAUUUCUACACUGAGGUGCUUGAUCUCAACUUUCUGUUGGAACAUCUGCAGGAUGAUCCAGUCUUCCAGAAGUACAAGAAGUUGAACGAGGCCCUGAUUGGUGUGAUCCAGGACUACAGUCUGGUCUCCUUCGUGAUGCUCAACAUACAGGACAAGGAGAGUGUGCUGCGUGUGAUGAAGUCGGUGGACAAGGCUAAUGGCUACGUGUUCGGGGACACGGAGGAGAGGAACAUCCAGUCUCUGCUCUCCUGUGCUGUGGGGGCGGAGUUUGAAUACGACAAGAUCAAAGAUGUCAGGGAGAAGUACAUGGACGUUGACGCCAAGACAGAAGAUCAAGAUGACUCUUCAUGACAAUGGGAUCGAUUUGUUAUUUCGGGGUUCAAGUGCUGUCAAGUCUGUUUGUUAUACCCAUGAAGUGGAUUGUGUAUGUCAUUGUAGAAUGGGUCUUUAGCAACCCAUGCUUGCCGUAAAUGGCGACUAUGCUUGUCGUAGUGACGAUUAACGGGAUCAGGUAGUCAGGCUUGCUGACUUGGUUGAUGCAUGUCAUUGUAUCCCAAUUGCGUGGAUUGAUGCUUAUGAUGUCAAUCACUGGAAUGUCUGGUCCAGACUCGAUGAUUUACAGAUCGCCGUCAUAUAGCUGGAAUAUUGCUGAAUGCAGCGUUAAACAACAAACAAACUAAACCAAAACCAUGUGGUACAGAGGUGGACACAGUUCUUGAAAUUGAGAAUUCUUAACUUCGGUAUGUGUGUGAGUCAAAUCAGACAGUCAGACAAGGAUCGUGAGAAAACUGAUAACUUAUUAUCUCAGUAAUACAAAAUAGUCUUUGGGGGGUUCAUGUUGAAGUCAAUAUGUCAUACUGUUGUUUACUUGUAUGAGAUGCAUUCCAGGCUGCUAUAUACGGUAUAUAUAAACACAUUGACGUACUUAGAUUAAUCAAAUAUUCCUCGAUGCACAGCAUUAUCCAGCAUGCACUCGUUAUCAGGCAAGCCAGAACUACAACAUGAACUUGUUUCGCUGUUGGGUUGAGAAAUAUGGACUCGUCCACCGUUUAGGGUACUGGGUACCUUUCUGUAUUCUGAUUUUGUCUAGGAUACAUAUCUGUAGUACAUAUCUGUAGUACGAGUACAGCUUGUAUGUGUAUUACGGCUCGUACCUGUGCCGACAACGGCCCCUUCAGUCUGGUUAACAUGGUGACUUGUGAAUGGGAAAGUGUGUUAAUAAAAAUGAUCGUGACCCCUGUAGAACCGAACAACUUAUCCUGGCAUACUCUGGAUGAGGGUCCUGAUGGUAACCCUGAGGGUCUGAGUCUUAAGCCAUUCUUAAGACACAGGUCUAUUCCACAAAGUGAUAGAAGCGCUAAGGUGAUCACAACUCCCAUACGUUAUCACAGACUUACAACUCUCGUAGCACUACGAUUGAUUUGUGGAACAGGCCCCUGACUGGAUGGUCCUGUUUGUGAGGCUCUACAGCGUGCAUUCUUGUUUGAGAUCUUAUAUUUUUAUACAAACUCAUCGUAUAUGUAAAAAAUAUUUCAAGAUGCUA